GGCACUUGCAGACGCAGUUGAGAAAUCUUACAAGCAAUUUGACAUUUCAAGAGGCAUAUGACAUGACUGGCCGGGUUCUCGUUGUUACUGUGUGUUCUCCAAGAAAACAUGAGCCACCACGAUGCCUGAACUAUUUGACAUCACCUCAUGUUCUCAUUUGGAGUGCAGUAACUGCUUCCUGUGCUUUUCCUGGACUUUUUGAGGCCCAGGAGUUGAUGGCCAAAGAUAGAUUCGGAGAAACAGUUCCUUUUCAUGCUCCAUUCUUGUUGGGUGUGGAGGAACGAGCUGACGCUGCUACACGGCGCUGGAGAGAUGGCAGCUUAGAAAGUGAUUUACCCAUGAAGCAAUUGAAGGAAUUAUUCAACGUAAAUCACUUCAUAGUAAGCCAAGCCAAUCCUCACAUUGCUCCAUUACUGAGACUAAAGGAGAUCAUCAGGGCUUACGGAGGCAGCUUUGCUGCAAAGCUUGCUGAACUUGCUGAGAUGGAAAUUAAGCAUAGGUUCAAUCAAGUUCUGGAACUUGGAUUUCCAUUAGGAGGAAUAGCUAAGUUGUUUGCUCAACAUUGGGAAGGUGAUGUGACAAUCGUUAUGCCAGCCACACUUGCUCAGUAUUCGAAGAUCAUACAGAAUCCUUCGUAUUCUGAGCUUCAGAAAGCCGCAAGUCAGGGUAGGCGAUGCACUUGGGAAAAGCUCUCUGCUAUCAGGGCAAACUGCGCUAUUGAGCUUGCAUUAGAUGAAUGUGUUGCCCUCCUGAACCACAUGCGUAGGCUGAAGAGAAGUGCAGAAAGAGCAGCUGCUUCACAAGGAUAUGGUGCUACAAUUAGACUCUGUCCGUCUAGAAGGAUUCCAUCAUGGAAUCUCAUAGCAAGAGAAAAUUCAACUGGUUCUCUCGAUGAGGAAAUGCUCACAUCUCCCACUGUUACGAGCCAUCAAGCAGUUGGAGGGACUGCUGGGCCAUCUAACAGAAAUCACCAUCUCCAACAUAGUAUGCAUGAUAGCAGUGACAGUGAAUCUGAGAGUAUAGACUUGAACUCAUGGACGAGAAGUGGUGGCCCUCUCAUGAGAACAGCCUCAGCUAAUAAAUUCAUCAGCUUUGUUCAGAACCUUGAGAUUGACACAGAAUUCAGAACAAUUUCACCAAGGGGGAGCGAAGGUGAUAUUGUUACACCGAAUAGUAACUUAUUUGCUGGUCACCCAAUUGGUAGAGAGCCAGUUGAUAACCAUCCAGGGCCUGCUACUCCUGGUAGGACCUCAGGCAAUUCAGGUUGCGAUCCUCAUGAUACUCCUGUUCCUAGGUCUCCAUUUGGUCUUUCCACAAGUAUCAUGGUCCCUGAAGGUGACUUGCUGCAGCCGGAAAAGAUUGAGAAUGGUAUUUUAUUCAAUGUUGUGAGAAGGGAUGCUCUUGUAGCGACUACUAGCGGAGUUGAACCUCAUGGAUCUUCACAGGAAGCAGAUGUGGAAACUGUACCGACCGAGUGCCUUUAUGGUGCUUCGGAUGACGACGACGACAACGUGGAACUGAAUGCUGAUCAUGAAGCAUUAUCUGACCCUGGAGAUCAGAGAUCCUCAGUUGCAGGAAACCUAGAUCCGUCCACUUCCAUGGAUUGUCAAGCUGAUGAAACAAGUACUACUCGAUCAGAAGCUCCAUCUCUCUUUAAUAUCUGUGUGGAGAUUCCUCCAGCAACCAUGAUCAGAGAAAAUAGUCGGCCUGACGAGCCUUCUUCAGACAUAAGACUGGAGAUUGUAAAGACAGAAUGCCCUGAUGAGAAUUCAGCUGCUGGGAACGAUGAAGUUGGCUCAGUUCCUGCCAAUAAAGAAUCUUCCUAUUGUUCUCAGACAGCUGAAAAUGGACAGCAGCAUCAAGUUGAUAUGGGAUCUGUGAACUCCUGUAGUGUUUCAGUUUCAGAAGAUGAUAGGCAUGUCAGCCUCAUUUCGAACGAGAAACCAGUUACUACUUCCAGUGGCGGAGCGGAGAGUAUGACAUCUGGAAGAAAUGAAGCUGACUAGCAUAGAACGUGCCUGUUGACUGACCUAAUGUUUUUCUGUGCUGGGACUUGGUAGUUUGAACAAUUCAGCUUGAUCUGGUCCAUGCUAUGUCGGCAAUUUAAACUCGUGUCACGAUCAAACUGAAUUGCGUCUAUACCUAGGUGUUGUAAUUCGGUUGUAGUCAACCCCCUAAUGAAGCACUAGAAUGAAUUUCGUUUCAAACUCGCAUA